CAAAAAUUGGUACGAAAUUUUCAAUAAAUACGACGUAGAUUAUUUAAAAACUACUAAAAUUAUCCACAAAAUUAUAAUCUAGAUAAUAUAGAAACAGCUUAGGCUUGAAAGUAUAAAUAUUUACAUAGAAAAUGCUACGCCAGCCGCUGUCUCGGGCGCUUGCGUUGAGCUCGUCGGCGCGCGCGGCCCCUCUGGCGGCCCGCCAGUACUCGGUGCCAGCGCAGCCUGAGAAAGUAGAAGUCUUCAUUGAUGACCAACCUGUACAUGUCCUACCAGGAACCACUGUUUUGCAGGCAGCUGCUCAGGUCGGAGUAGAAAUCCCAAGAUUCUGUUACCAUGAACGUUUGGCAGUUGCUGGCAACUGCCGAAUGUGUCUGGUCGAGGUUGAGAAGUCACCCAAGCCCGUCGCAGCCUGCGCCAUGCCCGUCAUGAAAGGCAUGAGGGUCAAAACCAACUCGGACCUGACCAGGAAGGCAAGAGAGGGUGUAAUGGAGUUCCUUCUUGUGAAUCAUCCACUGGAUUGUCCCAUUUGCGACCAGGGAGGAGAGUGUGAUCUGCAGGAUCAGUCUAUGGCUUUUGGAUCAGACAGGAGCCGUUUCACUGACAUACAUUUCUCUGGUAAAAGGGCAGUAGAAGACAAAGACGUGGGCCCGCUCAUCAAGACGAUUAUGACGCGAUGCAUCCACUGCACGCGCUGCAUCCGGUUCGCUUCGGAAGUGGCUGGCGUUGACGAUUUCGGCACCACUGGCAGAGGCACUGACAUGCAGGUUGGAACAUAUGUGGAGAAAAUGUUCCUCUCAGAGUUGUCUGGCAACAUCAUUGACCUGUGCCCCGUGGGAGCCCUGACCUCGAAACCCUACAGCUUUGCUGCACGACCCUGGGAGACCAGGAGGAUUGACUCCGUCGACGUUUUGGACCCUCUGGGUAGCAAUAUCGUCGUCGCCACGCGCACCAAUGAAGUGUUGCGUAUUCUUCCUAGGACUAAUGAGGAGAUCAACGAGGAGUGGCUGUCUGACAAGUCUCGCUUCGCGUGCGACGGGCUCAAGCGGCAGAGACUGGUCACGCCCAUGCUGAAAGACAGCCGCGGGAACCUCGUGCCGGCCGAGUGGGAAGACGCCAUCGUGGCCGCCGCGAGAGCCCUACGCGACUGUCCGCCCGACAAGCUGCUAGCAGUAGGGGGCGGCAUGGCAGACGCGGAAUCCUUGGUGGCGCUGAAGGACCUGGUAAACCGCCUGGGCUCGGAGCAGGCCUGCACCGAACACUACUUCCCCAUGCAGGGCGCCGGCACUGACCUCCGUUCCUCCUACCUGCUGAAUACUAAGAUUGCCAGUGAGUUUGUGUUUUAUAGUCAUCUUUUUGAGUAGCUACUGAAAAAAGUGGCAGA